AUGUGCGCACUUGGCGGCCCAGCCUCGUUCUGUUCCAUUCUUCACCCCACACGACGACCCCCCACCAACCCCCCACCACCCCACACCACCCCGCCCCACCCCUCUCCACUCCUCACCACCACAGUGGCAGCACUUGUCGCAGUGUGGCGGGGGGUGUACAGCAGCAGCGGGGGCAGCGCGGACGUGCGGGCAUGGCGGCCCUCAGUGGACCCCUGCAAUGAGCGCGCGCCCUUCCCCCUUCAGUGCAUCCCCACCAUGUCCGCCCAGCCCAACCAGCGCAUCAUCUCACUCACGCUCGCAGGGCAGGCGCUGCGAGGCACGCUCAGUGCGGCGGUGGGAAACCUCUCCGACCUGGCAGACUUUACGCUCAGCAAUACAAGGGUGGGCGGCACUCUGCCCCAAUUCCGCAGCUCUACACUGGUUGACCUCUCUAUUCUCAACAGCCCCGUUCAGGGCACCAUCCCCUCACUCUUCGCCACGUCACCGAGUCUCGCCACACUGACCAUUUCCGGCACGAGGGUCAAUGGCAGCAUACCAGAGGAGCUCUUCAGCGCCACCAGCACGCUGCAGUCACUGAAUCUGAGCAACAAUAGCCUUGCCGGGCCUCUGCCGUCCUCUCUGUCUGGCUUGACAUUGCUCACCACUCUCGACCUUGCAGGCAAUGCCCUGUCAGGCCCCCUCCCCUCGCAGCUCGUCCGAUCAGGCCUCUCUCUCAGGCUUUCUCCCGGCAACGCUGACCUCUGCAUCCCAUCUGCUGCUGCAGCUGCUGCUGCUGCUGCCACCACACCCACCACCACCACCCUCCUGCCCAACACCUCCAUCUGCCCAGCCUCCCCUCCUCCCCCCGCCGCUGCUCCCCUCCCCCCGCCCGCCUCCACCCUUCCGCCAGCUGCUGUGGCUGUCAUAGCAGCAGGGGGGGCUGCUCUGGUGGCGGUGCUGCUGGGUGCGGUGCUGUGGAGAGUGGUGGGGAAGGGGAACGGCAAGGGGACGGGCGAGGAGGGACUGAUAGAAGGCGCGGAGGCAGUCCCACGUGCUCGAGAGGUGGCGGAUGGGUUGACGGAGUUCCAGCUGUGGGAGCUGCAGGAAGCAACCGAGAACUUUCACUUCUCGCGCCUCAUAGGGCGGGGCGGGUUCGGCCACGUGUACCGAGGAACCCUCUCUGACGGGUAUGAGGUGGCAGUGAAGAUGCUGCACGCAACACCCGGGGGCGGCCAGGGAGAGGCGGAGUACCGGAUAGAGAUAGAGGUGAUCGGCCACGUGCACCACCGCAACUUGGUGCAGCUCGUGGGGUUCUGCUGUGAGGGGGACUUGCGCCUGCUGGCAUACGAGUUCGUUUCGGGCGGCAGCCUUUCGUCUCGACUCAGAGACAAGAACAACCCAAUGACCUGGGAGCACCGCGUGCGCGUGGCUGUGGGGUCUGCGAAAGGCUUAGCAUACCUGCACGAGCAGUGUGAGCCGCGCAUCAUCCACCGCGAUGUGAAGCCCGCCAACAUCCUGCUGGACGCUGCAGGGGAGGCCAAGAUCGCUGACUUUGGGCUGGCCAAGGUCAUGCCGCAAGGCGUCAACGACAUGACCACCCGCGUGCUGGGCACGUGGGGCUAUGUAGCCCCAGAGUAUGUGGGCAGUGAGCGGGUGGGCGUGGCAGCAGACGUGUUCAGCUUCGGAGUGGUGCUGCUGGAGCUGCUCUCAGGCCAGUCGCCCCACAACACAGAGGACCUUCUUGAACGGGCCGAGGCAUGUCUCUCAGAGGGAGCACUGGAUUCGUUCGCCGACCCGGCGCUACUAGCAUCUGGCUUCGAUGAGGAGCAGUUCCUGAGGGUGCUGCGCAUCGCCCUGCUCUGCCUCGAGUACAACCCCCACCAGCGGCCCCCCAUGGCCUCCGUCGUGCGCUUCCUCACCUCCCCGCACGCGCCUCUGCCUGACGAGGACAGCCCGCUAGAGCCCAUCUUGGAGGGCUUGGGGGAUGGUCAUGGCGGUGGCGGCGGUGGUGCUGAUGGUGGUUAUUCCGAGAGCUCUGAUACCAGUGGGGGGUUGGAGGACGGGUGUAUGGUGGAGGAGGGUGGGGGUGAGGGUGGGAGUUGGUUGAAUGGGGGAGGUGGUGAGGGGAAGGAGAAGGGUGAUGGAGAGGAUGAGGUUGCGUUGGGGGAUGGUGGUGGCGGUGCGAUGGGGGAUGGCGUGGAGGUGGUGGUGGAUGAUGUUGAUGAUGGGCAUGAGGGUGAUGCGCGUGGGUCGCACGUGGAAGGGCAGGGGACACUGGCGCUGAACAUGGUUGUCGCGGAGGCGGGGAAUCUCUCCGCAGCAGCGGAGGGCAGUUCGGGGGAGGAGUUUUCCGCAAUGGCGGAGGGCACAGGGGACGCGCAGGUUCCCGCGGAGGGGGGCGAGGGCGGAACGGUGGAGGCUGGGGGGAGCAGCGGCGGGGGUGGGGGGGCAAAUGCGGAAAUGCCAGGGUUUCAGACCCCGCUGGAGCAGCUGUGGCAGCACAUCAAGGAGCUGGCAGACAGCAACCACGCCAUGCCCGUCGUCAGGGCGUGGGAGAGCAACGGCAACACCGUAGACAUGCGCCUGGCCACACAGCUGAUCAAGAAGCUUAAGAACCACCGCCGGCCCAAGCAAGCUGCAGAGGUAGCGGAGUGGUUCGUGCAGCAGGCGGGCUUCCCCCGCCUAGAGGCGGACUACCAGCUGGCGCUCUCUGCUGUCAUUCCCAUCCCCUUGACCCUCACUGCUCCCCUUCCCCUCCCAUCACCGCAGGUAGCAGAGGGGUUUGUGCAGCAGCCCGGCUUCCACCGUCUAGAGGCCGACUACUACCAGCUCGCGCUCUCUGCUGUAGCGGAGUGGUUCGUGCAGCAGCCGGGCUUCCCCCGCCUGGAGGCGGACUACCAGCUGGCGCUCUCUGCUGUCAUCCGCUCGCGCAACGUGGCGGCCGCUCAGGCGCUCUUCCUCGCCUUCCCACAGCCGUUCAGAACGGAGAAGGUGUACCAGCCAGUGUUUGGCCACGUGGCAAGGCGGGGGAGGUUCAUGUCAGUCGAAUCGCAGGUGGACUGGCUGAGGCAGCAGGGCGUGGCAGAGGGCAUCCCGUCGUUCAACGCGCGCCUGCAGGCGCUGCUGGCAGGCAGGCGGCGAUCCGGCAUGGUGGCGGGCAUUGCAGCGAUCAUGGAUGAAAUGCGGAGCAAGGGCUUCACCCCCAUUACAAUCACAUUCAACAUCAUCCUGGCGGGACUCGGCAGGGCCGGGCAGCUCAAAGAAAUGGAGUACUACCUCGGGCAGAUGGAAAAUUACAAUCUGACCCCGGAUCUGGCAACAAUGAACGCGCUGAUCUCAGCUUAUGUCUCCCAUGGGGAGCCAGAGAAGGCACUAGAGUGGGAGAGAAGAUUAAAGACGUCGGGAGCGGGCCCUGACAGAGGCACGUAUGCUGCUAUGCUGAAGGCGUAUGGGCAGAGCGGGCAGGUGGAUAAGCUGGAGGCGACUUGGAGUGAGCUGCUUGCAUCAAAUGUGCCGAUGACAAGGAUGCUGCACAAGGCGCGCAUAGAGGGCUAUGGGCUGGCGGGUGAUGUUGGCAAGGCAGAGCAGGCGUUUCAAGAGCUGAAGGUGCAGCAGGCCCCAGUGACCGAGACCUUCAAUUCUCUCGUAUUCGCCUACGCACACAACCACCGCUUCCCCAAGGCCAAAGACACCAUUCUCCACAUGGACGCAGCCGGCAUGCGCCCCGACGGCAUCACCUUCCUGCACCUCCUCCGCGGCUACCUCUCCGCCAACCAGAUCGACAAUGCGGUUACUACGUUACACGAUGCGGUGGCGGCCGGUGCGCACAGGGCGCGGAUGAAGCUGCCGUUUCACGCGUUUGCGGAGGUGCUGGGGGGGUUUGUGGAGGCGGGGGAGGUGGGGAAGGUGCGAGAGCUGGUGGGGCUCGCACGGACAAUGUAUCGCACCGAUUCAAACCUCUUCAACUCGAUUCUCACGGCCAUUGUGAACGACUGGAGGAGGAGGGGAGCUGGAGCAGGAGUGGAGGCGGGAAGCGGGGAGUUUGCGAGUGAGGUGCGGGGGGUGUUGGAAGAAAUGAAUGAUGCAGGGGUGAAGGCUAAUGCUGGGACAGAGGAGAUCUUGCACCCGCUGGGACUCAGCAAUCUGAUAGACGAGGUUGGGCUUGUUCGGGCGGGCAGGUUUUGA